AUGUCACCUAUCGCUCCAAUUACUGGUACCUUGAAAAAGAAGAUUAUUUUUGACAUCUCUGUCGGUUUCACUAUUGGAGGUGUUCUUGGUGCUGCUUGGUGGUGGGGUUUCCACGUUCCUAAAGUCAACAAGAGAGAAGACUACUAUGCUAAGUUGGCUAAGGAAAAAGCUGCAGAGCAGUAA